CCCUCGAACUGUCCUUUUUAGGGGACUCAGAGAGGGAAUGAAUUCUUUUUAUAAAGAGCCCAGUGAUAAGGCGAGUAAGAAAACAGCAGCGAAGAGAAAGAAUGCCCAGCGGGCCUCCUCGAACGUUUUCUCCAUGUUUGAGCAGUCACAGAUUCAGGAGUUCAAAGAGGCUUUUGGCUGCAUUGAUCAGGACCGAGAUGGUGUGAUUAAGAAAUCAGACCUGAAGGAAACUUAUGCACAAUUAGGAAAACUGAAUGUAAGCGAUGAGGAACUGGACGCCAUGUUGGCUGAGGGUAAAGGCCCCAUCAACUUCACUGUCUUCCUCGCUCUCUUUGGAGAAAAACUUAAUGGUACUGACCCAGAGGACACCAUUCUCAAUGCUUUCAAACUGUUUGACCCUGACAGCACCGGCUUUGUCAAAAAGGAUGAGUUCAGAAGGCUUCUGAUGAACCAGGCAGACAAGUUCACAGCAGAAGAGGUGGAGCAGGCUUUUUCCUUGGCCCCAAUCGAUGUGUCCGGAAACAUCGACUACAAAUCUCUUUGUUACAUUAUCACACACGGUGAUGAGAAAGAGGAAUCGUAA